AUGCGAAAGAUAGUAUGGGAGCCGAGGAAUAGAACCUUGGAGCAAGGGAGAUCGGAGGAGGGAUUGGUGGAAGCAGUGGUGAAAGAAGGAGGGUUGUUGGGAGAAGAAGGGUUGAAGCAGCAGUUUUCAAAUGGUGGUGAGGAGGACUUGAGGCAGUUUAUGGUUCAAGAGGUAAGCAUCUUGAAAGAUGCAAGGGCGGGGUUUCUUGUCCUGGUGUGUGGUUUCGGGAAAGGCGUUGGGGAGCAGAGUUCGAAUGCUGCUGGUGUUGUGUGGCGCGCACUGCAGCAUGCGACUGGAGGGAUAGUGGAGGAUUUGACAAGAGAGCUGGACACGUGUAUCGACAACACCAGCACCAGUUUUAGCAGCAGCACCGGCAGCAGCAGCAGCGCAAGUAGCAGCAGCAGAAGCAGCAGCAACGCAUCUACCAUCUCCUCCCCUCUCCCAUCCCACAUGCUCACCCCAACCACCUUCGCCACUCCAAACGACUCCCGCAACUACUUCACUACCCUGCUCUCCUCCUCCGUGGAAAAAAUCGCAGUCGAGGCCGGCGCUCUGCCCUACAUUCUCUCCCCCGGAUUCGGCGAAUAUACCGACUGCAUAAUCGGCAUUUCAGCUAAAGGAGGGGGCUCUACUCCUGCCCAUGCUCCCUCUUCUCCUGCCUCUGUUCCCUCCCCUCGUUGGUCUUGGGACUCUUCAGGGUCUUUGGUGAGGGAAGAGCCCUCUCCCUCCGUUCUGGAAGGGUUGGGGAGGGAUGAGCCUUCUCCCUCCGUCCCGAAUGGGCUAGAAUGGGAUGAACUGGCAGUGAUUUCAAUUUUUGGGGCAAGAGGCGAGGUUCGGAGGGUUGUGCCUGUGCUUUGUCCUGUAGUGGGGGAGGCGGUACCUGCCGCGGCCCUGGAAAGGGCGAUAAGGGAGGAGGACGUAAGGGGAGGAAGGGUGGUGGUGAUGCGGCAUGGGCGGUUUCAGGAGGGGGAGGUUGAGUGCGUUCGGAAGGUGUUGGGUAGGGUUGGAGCCCGGGGGACGUUUGUGGAGGUGGGGGAGAGUGGGCGGUGUAGGUUGUUUCGAGCUCUGCCUCCCUUCGCUGAGUCGAUGCCGGCAGCAGCAGCAGAAGGAGCACCACCAGCAGCAGCAGAAGGAGCAGCAGAAGCAGCAGCAGCAGCAGAGGAAGACGUGUAUUUCCCUCUUAGCAACACCAGUGCAGCCUUAGUGGCAUCAUCCAUAGCACGGGGCAUGCCUCAGCCCAUGUCAGUGGAAAUCCGGGAAAACGAUCUGGGGUUGUCCUUACAGCAGGUGGUGAUGGUUGUUGCUGGGAUGAGGAGGGUGCAGCAUGGGGCUUUGCGGAAGGCUAAGCUUCCUGGAGUGCUGCUGCUCGGCAAUCUCAAUGUUCCGGUUCUCAUUCUCUCUCCCAUUCUCCCACCCAUCCUACUGCGCAUCCCAUUCCAUUCUGCUAACACCCCUUCCUUACUCUCCGUCCCAUUCUCCCUCCCAUACUCCGUGGUGCUGCUGGGCAAUCUGAACGUGCAGCUGCCCAACGCGUGGCUGUGGGACAUGGUGGACGAGUUCAUCUACCAGUUCCAGUCCUUCUGUCACUUCAGGGCGCGCGUCAAGAGCCGCACGGACGAGGAGAACGCUGCCCUGAAGCAGUGUGGCAAUGUGUGGAAUGUCUAUGGUGUGCUGAACUACCUCCAUGCGCUCGUGGCGAAAUCCAACAUUCUCGCAAUUCUCGAGGACGAUUCGGAUGGAGGAGCAGCGGCCAUGUUCCUGGCCACGGAGGGGUAUGACAUGACGGGCGCGGGGGGCAGCAACGUGGAGCGCGUGCUGGGGUACCUGUCGCUGGUGGGGCUGCUGCGUGUGCACUGCCUGCUGGGGGACUACCACACUGGCCUGGUGAAGCUGUCGCCGAUCGAUGUGGGCCGGCCAGGCGUGUUCCAGCGAAUCACGGGCUGCCACAUCACCGCCAUGUACUACUACGGCUUUGCCAGCCUUAUGCUGCGCAGGUACGUGGACGCCAUCAGGGCAUUCAAUCAGGUGCUCCUGACGCUCGCCAAGGCCAAGCAGUACCACGAGUCGCUCCCCCAAUACGAUCAGAUCCUGAAAAAAACUGAGCAGAUGUUCGCGCUUCUCGCCAUCUGCCUCUCGCUCUGCCCGAACGGAAAGCUUCUGGAGGAAUCCGUUAACGGGCAGCUGCGCGAAAAGUUUUCGGACAAGAUCCAGAGGAUGCAGCGCGGCGACGAGGCGGUUUUCGACGAGCUGUUUUCGUUCGCCUGCCCGAAGUUUGUCACGCCUGCCCCUCCCGUGGAGGAUGGGGGGGAGCUGGUCAACUACAACCAGGACGCCUACCGCCUGCAGCUGAAGCUGUUUCUCGCGGACGUGCGCUCUCAGCUCGCCUUGCCAGGGCUGCGAUCCGCUCUCUCUCUCUACUCCGCCAUCUCCCUGCCCCGCCUCUCCACCUUCCUGGACGUUUCCGAGACCACCCUCAGGACCGCUCUGAUCACCCUUCGCCAUAAGAACACCGUCGUGGAGGGGGAUGGCUCGGUGCUCCCCAAUGCUGAGCUGGACUUCUACAUCGAUGAUGACUUGGUACAGGUGGUUGAUCGCAAGACCACGCGGCGGUUUGGGGACUAUUUCAUCAAGCACAUUCUCAAGUUUGACGAGCUGGCGGGGCAGCUGGAGAACGUUCAGCUAGUAGUGUAA